AUGCCCUCAAGAAAGGCGAUGAACCGGCCUAAGAAACGCAACUUGGUCCGCUGGGAUGACAACCUAAACGAGAUUCUCCUCCUCACAGUCCAGUCGGUGUGCAACAAGAACGGUAUCAAGAUCCCUUGGGUCGAAGUUGCGGAGACGAUGGGACACAAUGCAACAGAUGGGGCUAUCGUUCAACAUCUGGCCAAGCUUCGGCAGCGCCGAGUCGAUGCCGGCAAAGCUGUUCCUCCACCUCUCCGGCGUGGGGGCGUUGGAGGCAAGGCAGCUGUCUCUUCGUCCCCCAGAUGUGUCCCGGCUACAAGGAAGAAGCGAAAGUCUGAGUCAGUAUCAGACACUGAGAGGUCUACUCCAGUUUAUGUCCAGUACGAUGACGAUUCUUCGGAAGACUACGUUGAGGGAAAGAAGGGUAAAGGGCGGAUAAAGAGCAAACCAGGUGUCCGAGAUGAUUGGAGUACCGCUCACAGAGAGAGAAAACAGGGAUUCAUGUCCGAGGACGAAGAGGAAGGAGAUUAUGACAGCGAGGUGGACACCCCGGGUGAACUGCUGUUUCGAGGCGCCAAAUUCUUGGACCUACCGAAUGAUGAAAGUGUUUCCUCGCCCGUUGCUUUUGAUCCUGUCGCUGCUUCGCCUACUGCCGGACAAGCCCAAGACAGCCGUAUUGUGGUUCUCAGGUAUCGGAAGCUUCCUUCUAUUACAACGGAGGGAUCAUCCCAGCCACUCAGCUCGAGCCCCGUCGAGCCGGUUGCAAUUUACAAUGAGAAAGCUGACCAGUCUUCCUGCUCGGGGUGUGUCGACGCUGAACUUACUACCGCACAAGACAGCUUAGUGUCUCCUAGCAAUGGCACUGGACAGCAUAUCCCAGAGUAUAAUACUAUGUCCAUCAUCGAUCCGCAGAGUGUCAUUCCUGCAGCGGGAUUUGAAAAUGGCCAGUUCGAUCUAUUCCCGGCCACGUCCCAAGAUAACUUCUCGGGUUACCCAUACCCCGAUUAUGGAUAUGGCUUUCAGCCUAGUACGCUUCCCGACUCUGGUAGUUUUUUCCAAGAUCUGUUGGAAUCACCGGAUCUUUUCUGGAACGAGACACAGGAUCAACAUGACUAUGUCGCUAAGGGGGACGGCGACCUGUUUUGGCCUUGA